CCUUAUUAGUGGAUUGUUAGUGGAUUGAUUCCGAGUGGAUUUUAUUAUUUAAUAGUCCUAGCUGAUCAAGAUGGUGAAUUUGGGCGACAUCUUCCCCAAUUUUGAGGCCGAAACGACGGAUGGGAAAAUCAAGUUCCAUGAUUGGCUUGGAGAAUCAUGGGGCAUCCUGUUCUCGCACCCGCGGGACUACACGCCCGUCUGCACCACGGAGCUGGGCCGCGCUGCUGCCCUCGCUCCGCAGUUUGAAAAACGCGGAUGCAAGCUCAUCGCCCUGUCCUGCGACGCUCUCGACGACCAUCAUGGCUGGAUAGAGGACAUCAAAGCGUACAACAAGCUGAGCGAGUUCCCGUACCCUAUCAUUGCGGAUGAUAAGCGCGCGCUGGCGGUGCAGCUGGGGAUGAUAGACCCCGACGAGCAGGGGGCCGACGGGAUGCCCUAUACAUGUCGGGCGGUCUUCGUUGUCGGGCCCGACAAGAAACUUAAGUUGUCCAUGCUCUACCCUGCCACAACCGGCAGGAACUUUGACGAGAUCCUGCGCGCCCUAGACUCUCUCCAGCUGACGGCGACGCAGAAGGUGGCGACCCCCGCGGACUGGACGAAGGGGUCCGCAUGCAUGGUCCUGCCCAGCGUCUCUCCUGACGAUGCUAAGCAACUGUUCCCUGAACACGUCUGUCAUCCCGUGCCUUCUGGCAAAACUUAUCUCAGAACCACCAAGUGAACGGGCUUCUACUUAUCCUUGACAUAUACUUUACUUAUAACCUUUCACUUUAAUGCAACCUUUCAUUUUACCUUUCAUUUUAUAUUAUAACUUCACUUAUAACCUUUCACUUUAAGACAACCUUUCAUUUCACCUUUCACUUUAAGACAACCUUUCAUUUUACUUUUCAUUUUAUAUUGUUCACUGGAAGCUCAUGACUUUGGAAAGGUAUAAAUGCUCCGAUACUAAUUUUGACACGUUUUCAAGCGUGAACUAAAGGAUUUUUAAUCAUUAAUAAAUUAUGUAUUAAAAAAUCUAAUAAAUUAUGUAUUAAGUUUUCCGAUUGAUUUAUUGCUGUUAAUUUGAUGCUCCUAAAUUAGCAAUAUUGUUUUUUAUUCUCGAUAUUUCCACCAGGUUUUUGAACAUGCAAUCCACCAGCAUCUCAUUUUUCUAUCAUCCCAAGAUGUAUUUGCCUCAUUAAGUUUAUUCUUUAAUUAUUUCUAAGCCAUUGUUGGUGUGGUUGUGAACUUUUCACUGAUCAUCGGUGCCUUCGAAAUGUGUAUUCAAAAUAUCAAAUAUUCCACAUAAAAAUUUAGACAAUUAACAUUCCUGUUUUUCACUGAAUAUUUUUUUGGGGUUAUUUUCAUUUGCCUGAGGUACUUUGAUUUUACAAUACAACAACAAGUUUCACUGUGUUACUGCACUGCAGUUCUUGGGGUAAAAUGAAUCUCCUUGGGGUAAAAGGUAUCUUUAUCAUUUCCAUAAAGAUGUUUGCACACAUGUUCAAUAAUUUUUCCACAAA